UGUAAUCUGCACCAGAUGACCGCUUGUGGAGCUCGAGUCCGAGCGCGGCACCGCUCUUUUGUCUCCGCGCGCUGCUGCGCUGCAGAAUGAAACCGGAACUCGUUCCCGGAGUGUAACGCGUUUCCCGCUGGACUUUUUCCUGGACAGGGUGAUGUCCACAGCGUCGGGGACACGGUGGGACCAUGGCGAAGCGCGCGCUCUCUCCUCUCGCCGUGUGGGCCGCGGGCGCGCUCCCGACGCUGCUGCUGCUGUGCGCUCGCGCCGCCUGCCCGGAGCUCUGCGAGUGCCCGCGCGCGCACCACGUCCUGUGCGCUAACCGCGGCCUGCGCGCCGUGCCCGAGACCAGCCGCUCCGUGCGCGUGCUCGGCCUGGCGGGUAACUUCAUCGGCAACGUGAGCGCGCGCGCGCUGGCACGCUACGGCCACCUGACGCGCCUCGACCUGCAGUUCAACCAGAUCGGGCGCGUGCACCCGGGCGCGUUCGAGGAGCUCGUGGAGCUGCAGGAGCUGUAUCUGGGACACAACGAGAUCUCCACGCUGCAGCCCGGGACCUUCAGCGCGCUCCAGAAGCUCGCGGUGCUCUACAGUAACGAUAACUCCAUCCAGGAGCUGAGUGCGGAGAUCUUCGGGAAGCUGGACAGUCUGGUCCGGUUAAGGCUGGAUCGGAACGCUAUAGAGCUCCUGAGUGAGUCGUUGUUCAAACACUUCUCCAGUCUAAAAUUCCUCCACUUGGAGUCGAAUCAGAUCCACCACAUUCACCACAAAACCUUUUUUGGUCUGACCAAACUGCAGUUCCUGAACCUGUCAGACAAUAAGCAGACGCAGCUCCUCCACACGACCCUGUUCUCCCAGCUCAGGUCUUUACUCACUCUUCUCCUCUCAGAAAACCACAUCACCCACAUCAGCGCUCACGUCUUUCAGAACCUGAAAAAGCUCACCAAGCUCUCUCUGAGUAACAACCGCAUCGUUCAGCUGGAGAACGGAACGCUGAGGGGGCUCUCGCGUCUCCGAGAACUCACCAUGAACGGAAACCUGCUGACGGAGAUUCUUGCAGGUGUUCUGGAGCCCAUCGUGCGCAUCGAACGUCUCGAUCUCAGCGACAACCGGAUCACACGUAUCCAUCCUGCCGCCUUCGCUCGUCUCACCCGUCUCAAAGAGCUGGACCUGAGCAACAACCAGCUCAUGAGGAUCUCAGGCGGUGCCUUCACCUCUAACGCUGCUCUCCUCCAGCUGGACCUGAGUGGUAACGAGUGGAGAUGCGACUGUAGGAUGGAGAAGCUAAAAGAGUGGAUGGUGGAGACACGUGCCCGGGGAAAGUUACUCACAGCGCACGUGCAGUGCCAUCACCCACCCACGCUCCAGGGGAAGUACCUGGAUCACGUGAAUGACACGGAGCUGCUGGAGGAACUGACCGGAAGCUUGUCCUGCAGAGCAGAGAACGAGGCAGAACGAGAACCAGGACGGCAGGAGCCACCAGGUGUAGAGGAGAGGCUGAAGAGAGGAGGAGAGAAAGAGGAGGACAUGGAGACUCAAGAUGUUCAAAGAGGUCACAAGAAGAAGAAAAUGAAUCUCAGACCAAGAACUGCACCAAGAUCUUCUGCGAAAGCAAGCUCUUCCUCAGCUCUCCUUGGAACAGGAAUGUUCCAGAAUGUAAUGGAGGAGAACACAAGCACGUGGGAGCUGAGCGAUGUCCUGGAGAACCCCGGCAGUCAGAACGACGUGGAUUCCAUGGCGCAGAAACCGGGUGUGGGGGUGAUGGACGCGUGUCAGUUCAACCACCGCUACAUUGCGAACGUGAGCGUGAACAACGUGACUUCGGACUCGGCCACUGUGUUUUGGAGCAUGUCUGAGGACACGCUUUCUGGAGGGCUCGCGUUCCGCAUCCUGUUCGACCGCUUCGGACACUCCGUCCGGUUCCAGCGCUACGUUUACGCCCGCGGAUCCGCUCGGGCGGUGGUGCUGCAGGAGCUCCGCCCACACACCACCUACAUCACCUGUGUGGAAGGCGUGGUGGGCGGGGCUUUGUGCCAGGUGGCUCCGCGAGAUCAUUGUGCAGGUUUUAUCACCACGUCUCCUGCGGCGGAGAGCGACAUCAGACUGCAGCACGUGACCGCAGCGGUGCUGGCGGCUAACGCGCUGCUGAUCCUGCUAGUGGGCGUGGUCUGGCUGCGGCGUGUCCUGAGGAGGAGGAUCCGAAACAGAAAGUCGUCCACACACGCGCACGUGCGUCACAUGUACUCUACACGGAGGCCCUACCGGGCUGCCAUGGCAACCACGUGCGUCUCCUCCGAGUUCAGCAGGUAUCAGAGCGGCCGGGUUCUGGCUGAGGAUGGAGACUUGAUCCAAUUCCCUCCUGAGAGGUUUUUCGAUCCUCGCAGAGACGAUGAUUCUGUAAUAACCUGAUUCACACAAUCAGGACUCACAUCAUGUCAUGUGUAAGUGUGUGUGUGUGUGUGUGUGUGUGUGUGUGUGUGUGUGU